CUCUCUCUCUCCACCGAGUGCAGUACCAUCGAUCAACAUUUAAUCCCAGACAGUCCAAGAAAGAAUUAUUUUUUUCCUUCUGAUGCUACUCGUUCUUGAUUAUCUCUCUUUAGACAUAACCCAAUUCAAUCUUUAGUAGUUAUACAGAUUUAGUGUCACUUGCUUCCACAAAAAUUCAAUCUUUCCCUAUUCUUUCUAAAUCUUUAUAUGACGAUACUAAAGGUUGGGCUUGUUUAAUUCUUACUUGAUUUUUUUUUAUCAAAUAAAUGGGUAAUAUAAAUGGUAGAGAAGGUGAUGCCGGUGGAGACAACUCGUCCAUCGGUAAUGACAUGGGUGCUCAAGAUGGUGAUGGUGCGCAUAAUUGUGAUGAUGGUGAGUUCAUGGGUCAUUCUCCUCCACCAAGCCCUAGGGUUUCUGGCUCUCCACUGAUGUUCACUUCUCAGGACCCUGUGGCUCCUUUACAAAGACCUGAUGAUAUCCAGCCAAGCAAUCCAUGGAUGCAUUCCUCCUCUGGCUAUGAGGAAAUGACCAGUGAACAAGGAAUUCCAACAAUGAUCACUUGGAGCUAUGAUGGCAAGGAAGUGGCUGUGGAGGGGUCAUGGGACAACUGGAAAUCAAGAAAGUCCUUGCAGAGAUCAGGGAAAGACUUCACAAUAUUAAAAGUUCUUCCCUCGGGUGUUUACCAGUACAGAUUUAUUGUUGAUGGACAGUGGAGGUAUUCCCCUGACAUGCCAUGGACACAGGAUGAAGCAGGAAACACUUGUAACAUCUUAGAUCUACAGGAAUAUGUACCUGAAGACAUUCAAAGCAUCUCUGGUUUUGAACCUCCUGGGUCCCCGGAUUCAAGUUACAAUCAUUUGCAGCUUGACAAUGAGGAUUACGCUAAGGAGCCGCCAUUGGUUCCACCACAUCUCCAAAUGACAUUGCUUAACGUUCCCUCACCUCACAUGGAGAUCCCGUCCCCUUUCUCUAGACCUCAGCAUGUCGUUCUCAACCAUCUUUAUAUGCAGAAAGGAAGGAGUAGCACUUCAAUCGUCGCCCUUGGUUCUACCAACCGUUUCUUAUCCAAGUAUGUGACAGUCGUACUCUACAAGCCCAUACAACGGUGACAACAAAUGCACUUUAUUCCCCUUUAUAUGUAAUUCAUACUCUCCCUAAUAGCUAACAUGAAGCAAACAACUCAAGAAACAGCCUCAGGGAGUAGAGCUUAAUUUGGCACAAUGCU